AUGAACACACCGCAAUCAGAAGUGUCGAGCUCGGAGGAAGUUGAAGAGGUUCUUCCAGUCUUUGUGUCUGCUAUCAGCAGCCCAUCACCCCUUAUAUACUUCCACCAUAUCAUUGACCCUGAAACAACAAAGCUUACAGUUCAAGUUCUCGGGGCCAAUAUCUCCUUCGUCUUCAGCCAUCGUCGAGCAAAGUCAGUCAUCAGCAGAUCCCAGAUUGAAGCGCAACUCGAAAACAAAACCACAGGGUUCCUUUGCAUUGUGUCUGCAAAAUCUCAGCGUGUUGUCUUAGCGGCAGCUGAAUCAGGUCAUGGUCUUGGAAAAUACGGCGAUGUAUUGGACAAGAAGAAAGGCAUUCUUCCAAAUAGUAUUUGGACUAGGCGAGUCGUGUCCAUGGGUAAGACCCUUGGUAUGAACAUGAGAACAGUGUUUGACAACCCUGGCCGAAGAGCGGGAAACACUGAGGGUAUCUUUCGCGGGUCUCACGUUGAAGUCAAACUCGCAGUUCAUGGUAUUUGCGUUCUUCUGCAGACUUUCGAGAUCACAAAGGACUUUAACAAUGUCACCAUGAAGCAACUGAACCAACUUCGACAGGCUCGCUGGGAAGAUGGAUCUCGUCCAGUUCUCGAAGUGUAUUUCUCCCGAAAGUAUUGCAAACCCUGCAUGUCUCUUGUGCAGAAAUUGCAAGAUGCCACUGGGGUUACCAUCCGGCUUGUAUGGAAGCCUCGCCUCGUGAUGAAGAAAUACAUCCUUCGAAAACUAAAACCUGGCCAGCCUCCACGAGCACAGGAGUUUGAGCCUCAGGACUACGACUUUGGCGAUAUUCUGCCUGAUGAUUCUGAUAUAGAAGUCAUAUCAGACGACGAGGGUGCCAAAGAAGAGGUUGACAAGAUUGACCUUACCCACAUUCGAUCGACAUCGCCGAUUUCAUGGAAUCAAGAGAUCGAUGAUUAUCUGGAUGGUCUCGCUUAUAGAGUAGGCCAGAUGGAAGACUGCCCAGAAGGUGCCAGAUCAGCUAUCGUCGAGUUUGCCAGUGUCAGAGUCAACGCCAAGAAGUCUCUCGAUGCUGCAAAAGUUAGCAAGCCCCUACCAGCAACGCCGGUUAUAGAAGCACCGCCAGACUUCCUCGAGGGUGACGAGCGACAGCGGCAAAGACAUGCUUUUCCUCGUGCGCAGAAAAAGCUGUUUCGUGGACCACGCGAUAAGAAUGGCUCUAGAGUGAGGAGUGCUUCUCCCAAACGCAGGGCACAGUCAGUCAGAGACCGCUCACCACGACGAUACAAUUUGGGACCAUUGCAACGCCAUUCAACUGAAGCUCCUCAAGGAAGAUCUUUGGCUAAUGCCACUUCGCAACGUCGCUCUAUUCGCUAA